GCGAUCGUUCGAUGAAAACGCAUCGUUUGAUCGGUCGGUACGGUGUACGGUAGCACUGCGCCUGAUAAGUGCAUGAUCAUCACACGGGGACUAUCGGCACUUGCUAAAAUGCUUUGGCUUCCAAUUACAUAACAGAAGCUUUCAAUCUGACUUGCCUCGACUGCUCAAGGCCAACUUCCUCAGUGGCCGAGAGUCGAGUUUUGCCCAGUCUGUCUCAGGUUCUUUACUUCGGCAGUGCACGUUUUUAGCCAUUUUGAGUUCUGUCUAAUAUCAUUUAAUAAAUAAAGUUCAUCUUUGAUCGCGUUGGUGAAUGAUCGUGACUGCUUUUCAAGACGUAAUGGAAAUUGUCAAUGUUACCGAGCAAAGACCCCUGGAGGAAUUCUCCUCCGAGUAUCUCCCGGCCUUGGUUGCCAGUUUCCUUAUCUUCUUCGCCAUGAUGUUCUUCGCCUGCCCUCGCCUGUCUGCCAAGUACGUCCCAACUUACAGUAGGCUGAGCGACUUUGAAAAGGCUGACUGGAACACAAGAAUAAGCUCCAACAUCAAUGCAGUAAUCGUGAGUAUCGUGAGUGUGUAUCUUCUGGUUACAGAUGAUGCGAUCAACGCUGAUAAAAUUUGGGGUACCAGUUAUUUAGCUAGAGUGAAUAUCUGCAUUAUAUCCGGCUUUCUCCUUGCUGACCUGGUAAUGAUGCUAAGGUGGUUCCCACUAGGCGAUUCGUGGCAGUACAUCAUACAUCACUUCUUCGUCCUUUAUCCUUUUCUCAACAAUGUGGUCUACGGGGCACUGACCUUCUUUGCAAAUUUUCGAAUCACGACAGAGUGCUCCACGUUAUUUGUCAACAUCCGGUGGUUUAUGACCAUUCUGGGCCACAAGUCUAGUAAGUGGUACAUUGCCAACGGCACGCUGAUGGCCGUCGUUUUCUUCCUGUGUCGCAUCAUCCUCAUUCCUGUCUACUACGCCUGCGUCUACCAGGAGGUGGCGCAGGCCGUGGCCAGCCUCCCAAUGCGCUUCAUCAUCGCCUGGCUGCCCAGCGGGAUGGUGAUGGAUGUCCUCAACACCUACUGGUUCCGCAAGAUCUACAGGGGGGCCAAGAAGGCCCUCUGGGGUCAGUCCAAGCCCAAAGGGCCUCCCCCGAUCCGGAAUCGCGUCAAGGGCGAAUAGGUCAGUGCAACGGCCUUGUGGCACCAAGGUAAAACAAUAUUCUCCUUCCCCCCGCCCCCACAAAUUGGUUCCUCUGCCCCUCCAAGAUUUUUUCCCCAAAGCGCACAGUGCAAUCGUAGGCCUGUGAUAUCUGUAUAAAUAGUUGCACGGGAAUAUUCAGUAUGUGCAUGGUUAAUAGAGGGCGCUAUUUGUUACAACCAAAGACGCACCAGUACCUCACAUCACGGUUUGUUUACCUCAGUAAAUAAUUGUUUACUUUAAUACAGAUUUAUUUGUUGAUCUUCAGUGUAUGGCUAGCCAGACUGCUGUGCAGUGACCUUGUUUUGGAAGUUGUCUGUUAAUGCGGUAGAUGUUGCCUUUAGCGCACGGCAUGUUUUUGCUCCUGAUGAACCAUUCAAAAUUCAAUACAACGCAGAAAAUAAGCAUCAAACUUUGAGUGAAGUGUAGUCAUAAGUAUAGAUAUAAGAAGUAUACUUUAUAUUAUUAUAUAACUUUAUGAAUAAAUGAGUUGAAUACCUCAAGAAAGUGCAGCUGGUUUACACUCAGUUAUUUAAUUCCUAAUUUUAAGCCUGUGAAACAUCAAAAUUCACACAAUUCCUUUGUUUUCCUAACAUGCAUUUGAAAGCAAGGAUUUCGGGAUAUUACAUAGUGAUCUGUAUAAAUUCAAAAAUACAACGUAGUACGUGGUUUUAACAUUAUCAUUAAAGACAGCAGUAUAAACGUGCGACAAUUUUUUAUGCGUUCAUUGGAAAGUAAUGUGCAAAGGAUGGGGUUCAUUGUCAAUUGUGCCUUGUAAAUUUUUGCCAAAAUGUGAUGAGUGCUUGAACCCCAUUGAAAGUUGACUUGAGGGCUUGGAACCGGAGACCUUCCAAAUGCAGUAUCGGUACUCUACCCAGGGACUGAGUCUGUGAUAUCAAGCCCUAUGCUGGUAGUUUAUGUUGGCCUUUGUAACAAGUUGGCAGAUUGUUAUGCUAAGCAAAGGUCAUCUCACAUGUAGAUCCCGUCAUUAGUAAGGACAGGUUGCAUGCUACUCUAGCCGAUACCCUGGUUGUAAGCAAAGCACUCAGCCCAUUGUACUUCAGUACUUAGAGUCUCUGUGGUGUGAACCUCUGACCUCAGCGUAUAGACAAGGUAGAGCACCAGCUCUGCAUUUCAGCAAGGAGGG